GAAUUAGAUUUGGUAUCGAUGGAGCGUUUGCGUUGCUCAGUGGAGCAUCUUGAUUUAUCGAAAAUUGAAAUGCUUCAGAAUGUGGAUAAUGUAGCAGCAGUGUGCAAGCAUUUCUGUGGCGCAGCUACCGAUUAUGGAAUUCGUUGUUUGCUGAAUGCUGCUGAAAAUAACGUGAAUAUUCGUGGAUUUGCGUUGGCUCCUUGUUGUCAUCACAGAAUAACUUAUGAGCAGGUUCAGUGA